AUGGCGAUACGAUGGCUGGAAGCUCAUGUGAGGGAGAACAUAAGACAGGAGGCACCAACGCGGGAACAAUUGCAGAAAUUGGAUUGUCUAAAAGAUUUAGAUCUUUUUGAGACAACGUGCAAGAUUCUGAACAUUUCUAUGGAAGUAAAAAAGAUAUGGGCAAGAAAACGACUGAUGCCAUGGUUUAGAGCCAACAUGACUGCAUGGUUGUACGAGUAUGCAAAAAAGCAAAUGUCGAAGCACGGCAGAGUGAACAGCGGGUAUCAGCUUGACAUUGGGGCAGGAGCUAUCGAGCGAGCUUUCGUGACUCAUCGAAAUGCCGUGACCACCGCGGUGAAGAGAAUUUCCAGGACAAAUAAAAUGGAGUUUACCAAUGAUUUCACAGAUAUUCUUGGCGUUGAAGGUACGAAAUUGCAAGGUUCGCAUUUGCAGUCAGUGCUCAAUGAUGAAAAGAAGAAGAAACCAAAAAAGGUGAAUAAACUUCCAGCUCCAAAUCAGUUCAAAAAACCUGAAGGAAUGGCUAGGGAGCUUUUUAAUUUACUACGAGAUGGGUCGACUGGAUCGCUAGCCCAAAACCAAUCUGGAAUACCUUUGGAUAAAUCACCAUUGAUACAGGCUGACACCAAGUUGGGCUACAAGUUGACUAAGGCUAAAAUGAGCAAGUUUCAUCCCAGAGCUUGGAAACAAACUCCGUUUGCAAUUCCAAUGAGGGACGACGGAAUUGUGUUUUUUCACUGGAAGCGUGAAUGUGACGGAACAGGAGAGUCGCAAUUUGCGAGAUUCAAUAAGCAUGUAAAUAAUCCAUCGUAUACAUCUGUAGAAUAUGCUCAGUAUUUAAAUGAUUCAAGCUGGAGCGAAGAGGAAACGGCACAUUUAAUGGAUCUUUGUAAUCAGUUCGACACUCGUUUUAUCAUAAUCCAAGACAGAUAUGACUCCGACAAAUUUAGACAUAGGUCGAUUGAGGAUCUGAAAGAGCGGUAUUACAACAUAGUCGCAACGCUGCAGCACGUGAGAUCUGGGAAUACAGGAGAGCCUCCAAAGUUAUAUGAUGCGGCUCAUGAGCGGAAACGAAAAGAGCAACUGGAAAGGCUUUGGAACCGAACACCAGAAGAGGUAAAAGAAGAAGAGAGGCUGGUUGAAGAACUGAAGAAAAUUGAAACCCGGAAGCGUGAAAGGGAAAAGAAAGCACAGGACUUGCAAAAGCUCAUCAGUGCUGUAGAUAGCCGUCCGAAGUCUCAGCCUUCGCAAUUAAAUAAAAAUAAAUCAGUUUUUAAGGACAGUUCGCAAAAGAAAACACUACAGAUUUCAUCAGCAGUACCAAUAACAAAGAAGAGAGAGGGCACAUCGAGGUAUUUCCAAAGCUCUGGAAUCUAA